GACAGAGAGAGAGACAGAGAGAGAGACAGAGAGACAGAGACUGACUGCCGUGUUUACUUUGAGGUAGAUUCUCACACGAAGGAUACCACUGUAGAGACUCCUAACACAUGAAAGGCUCACCGCUCUUCAUAAAACUUUACAUGAAACCAGACUGGUUCUUUUUUACAGUGUAGGGAGCAGGGUUGCUUGUUUACGUUUGAAAUGUCAAGGAUAGCAAGCAGUGUAUCUGAUGCAGGACAGGGUGAAUAGUCAGAGAUCCUGACUUGACUGUGUUUCUAAACCAGCCAGCCCCUCUUUGCUGAGCUGUUCCCACAUCUGGUUAUAAUCAACAGACCCUCCACCCUCCCAGCAUCAACAGACCAUUGGCAGGAAAAUUAUCAAGGAAAGGUGUGUUUCAGAUAGAGAUAGAAGUCUUCACACAUACACACACACAUUCAUGCACACUCCCUUGACAGUGCCACUUGCAAUAUACACAUGCAUACACCUUCCUGGCCACUCCUCUCUAGAGUGGUUUUGUAGCAACCUACGGACAGUGGGGUGAGACACAGACCUCAUUGUUUGUAUGGGGAUAGACAGUGAACCGCUCCUGAAACUAAUGGAGCCCCACCCUGGUUGACUGUGCCGGUCUCCGACAUCUCUCCCUGUUUACCCAGCAGGUUAAUGGUUAACCGCCACCUCAAGGACUGUCUAUAUCCCCAUCACCACCUGGCAGCUACACUGUCCUAUUGUCACCUGGAGAAGAGGGGAGAUAGUCCUAUCAAUAACUUCUGCAUUUGCUUUAGACUUCAUUUUCAUUUUUGGGAAAAGCUCUUGGAAAAACAUUGAAUUCAGAUACUACUCGAUUAUCUGACUGUUUUGACAUCUUGGAUGCAGUUUUCGAAGAGAAUGGGCCCGGCUCGCAAACGUCUGAUGAAACCUUAUUCACGGGAUGCAGAGGCAUUUUCAACAGGGUGAAAGCUAUUCACGUCUGAGAGGGAUCUGUGAAUGAUCUGCACUGUUUUCAAUAGUGUGUUGAGAAUUAUUUUGCUUCCUGUCACAUUCAGUUUCCUGAAGCUUAUUUCUUCUCACUGAUUUGGCUAGAUGUUGGGGGGGGUUGUGGAAAUUGAGUAAGCAGGAAAGGUGUGGAAUUUGUGUCGGAAUUCCAGGGCACAGAUGUAACCAACCACAAGUGAGCGUAAUGGAGUGCCAAAUGUAGCCACAGUGUUUGUAUUGUUGCUGUUGUCAUUGUGUCCACCUCCCACCACUGUGCUGAUAGGUUGUUUUACCCAGCUCAGAGUCAGACGAGAACCAAUCUCUGUGCCUGUCCAUCUAGUCUGGUCGUAGUAACUGACAGGGAUCUGGUUUCAGGAGUGCAUUACUGACCUUAAGGGACAGGAGAGUUGUGCUGGGUAGAGAGUAGGGAAGUAGGCCAUAGGGAUCCAGGGGGUUUUAAGUGAUAGUAACACCUCUAAAUGUGUUAAGCCUCUCGUGCAAUUGCUUUCUAAUACAAAUGUUCAACGACAACGACAGGGGAAGUGGACAUACUCCCAGAGGUACAAUACUCCAACUGCAUUAGACUGAGCCGUCAUGCAACUCCGUGCCGCACCACUCAAGAUUAAUGGACUUGUUUUUCUUCAAGGAGCGUGAAGGUAACUGAAGGUUGUGUGCACAUCUGUCCUCAGUAACUCAAUCACCUUUUCAGCCAGCGAGACGGGACUGCACCGCUUUCCAGUUAGGAAACUCUCUCUCUUUCUCUCUCUUUCGCUCUGUUUAUCUCUUUACCAAGGAUAUUUUUCUUGCUUUUCGCUGCUGGUUUGUCUGAGCUGUGCUCACCAAGGCACUCUGAGGCGUCUGGAUCUGGACACCGUAACACUGCCUGCCUGCCAGAGCUAGCAUUAUAAUAAAAUACUUGUGGCCAGGGUUACUAGAGGCCAACGGCCGCAGCUCCUCUCUGUGUUUGAUAGAGAGAGGGAGAGGGAGAGAGGGCUGGAAUCAUGUGGCAGCAGUCAGCUGGGUCCAGCUCUCACACUGAAAGGGAGUAGUACCCACACCAGGUUCAGCCACAGCAGUCUCCAAGCCACAGCCACUGGACACACAACAGCUCUGUCUGUUUGUCUGCAGCAGACCUGGACCACUGGAUCACCAGCAUUCAAAUCCACUGUUCUGAAGACCCCACGAGGCCACCACUGGUUUAGGUGUCCGUCCGUGUGCCUGAGGGAAGUGAGUGGAGUAUGGAGGCUCAGGAGGCUCACAGGGGUCUGGCGUCGGACUGGGAGGCGGUGCUGGAGCUGGAUAAACCCCUAGCUGGGUGGCUCCCACAAGAUCCGGCCCGGGGAGAGUUUGGCUGGGAGUGGGGCUGGGCCGCCUCGGACCACCAAGACCAGGACUGGGAGUCAGAGGAGGUCCCUGCAGUGUUGAGCCCCACAUACAAACAGCGUAAUGAGGACUUCAGGAAGCUCUUCAAGCAGCUACCGGACACAGAGAGACUCAUCGUGGAUUACUCCUGCGCCCUACAACGAGACAUCCUCCUGCAGGGCCGACUCUACCUCUCGGAAAACUGGAUUUGUUUUUAUAGCAACAUCUUCCGCUGGGAAACGCUGCUGACAGUGAGGCUGAAGGACAUCUGCACCAUGACGAAGGAGAAGACAGCCCGCCUCAUCCCCAACGCCAUCCAGGUGUCCACAGACGGUGAGAAGCACUUUCUCACCUCAUUUGGAGCGCGGGACAGGACCUACAUGAUGAUGUUCAGAUUAUGGCAGAAUGCACUGCUGGACAAGCCCCUGUGCCCCAAAGAGCUAUGGCACUUUGUCCAUCAGUGCUAUGGCAACGAACUUGGCCUGACCAGUGACGACGAGGACUACGUUCCCCCUGAUGACGACUUUAACACCAUGGGGUUCUGUGAGGAGAUCCCUAACGAGGAGAAUGAGAUCAGUAAUGACAACUCGUCUAAGAGCAGCACAGAGGCCAAGCACGAGGGCAGCCCACCAUCCAUACACAAGAAAUGCAUCAUCACCAACAGCACCAUCAGCUCAUCCAUCAGCAGCGAGCCCCUCUCUGUGAGUCUCAGCGACAUAAUAGAGUUUGACCUCCCUCCAGAGGAGUACAUCGACUGCCUCCCUGACGGGGAGCUGCUGGCCUUGCCCCUGGUGCUGGAGCAGAGGCUAGCGGAGGCCAGCGGGCUGGUGCCCUCACCUUCCCUAGACUUCAACGACAAUGAAGACAUCCCCACCGAACUCAGCGACUCCUCAGAGACCCACGACGAGGGCUCUCCAGCAGGGGAGGUGCAGGCCUUCCACGACGACCUUAAAGGGAGACAGUACAUCGAUGAGGUUUACAAGUUCAGUGUGGACAAGAUGUAUAACAUCCUCUUCACAGAAUCCCAGUUUAUGACCGACUUCAUGGAGCAGCGCAGGUUCUCUGAUAUAGUGUUUCACCCCUGGAAGAAGGAUGAUGCAGCGGGGAACCAGACGAGAGAGAUCAUGUACACCAUCUCCCUGUCCAACCCGCUGGCCCCCAAGACAGCCACAGUCACAGAGACCCAGACACUGUACAAGGCCAGCCAUGAGAGUGAGUGCUACAUCAUCGAUGCUGAGGUCAUCACACACGACGUGCCCUACCAUGACUACUUCUACACGCUCAACCGUUACAUGCUGACACGGGUGGCCAAGAACAAGUGCCGGUUAAGGGUGUCCACUGAGCUACGUUACAGAAAACAGCCAUGGGGAUUAGUGAAGGGCUUCAUCGAGAAGAACUUCUGGAGCGGGCUGGACGAGAACUUCCGCCAUCUUGAGUUGGAGCUGUCGAAGGUGGAGGAUGUGGUGUUGGAGUCGGCCCGGCCCUCUCCCAAGGUCAAGGUGGUGAAGACGUCUGUAAGACGGAGGAAGAGACCCCUGGUCCACCUACGGAGCCAGCACCUGGACAACGUCCUCCUCAGCCCCAUCACCACGCCAACCGACGACGAGGUCAUCCACCGCAUCAAACACGUGGGCGUGACAGGUUCCACUCAGACCAGGCACAUGCCUGAGCAACUUCCUGGAGGCUCCACCCUCUACAGCGUCUCCAAACUGCUGCUCAUCAUCAGCUUUGUGAUCUGUCUAAGCCUGGUUUUGCUGGUGUUCCUCAACAUGAUGCUGUUCUAUAAGCUGUGGAUGCUGGAAUAUUCUGCACAACAUCUUACCACCUGGCAAGGGCUCCGGAUACAUGAAAGUAAACUGCCCCAGACGCAGAUGGAGUGGGCCCAGCUCCUGGAGUCCCAACAGCGUUACCAUGAUGCUGAGCUGCAGAAGUGGAGAGAGAUCAUCAAAUCCUCAGUGGUGCUAUUAGACCAGAUGAAAGACUCUCUAUUGAACCUUCAAAGGGGCAUCGGCUUAAGGGACUACAGCUCAGAAGCUGAGGAGAAAAGAAGCCAUUACCACUGACAUACGACCUUAGGCCAUGAGGGCAUGGUGUGCAAUAUAGGAACUGUUUGUGUAUAAGUAUGCAAACAAAACAAAGAGAGACAAGAGACCAACCGACCGUGAGGCAAGCUGGCCCCAGUGUGACAGGGACGGCCUGCCGGCUGCCACCCCCCAGCUCACAGAGGUCACGACCCCGCAGGUCAGACCAUGCAUGGACAGGAAGUGCCCCUAUCACAGACAGGAAAUGAACAGUGGGGUUCCCACAGCACUGAGGCAUCAUGGGAAGGCGACAGCUCCGCUUACCUUGAUGCCACUUCUGUCUCUUAUUUUUCUUUGUCUUUUAAUUUUGGAAGGACAUCGUACUGUAAGCCAUUGCCACGUGGGGAAUAGAGGACAAAAAAAAGCUCAGCAUGUGAUUUUACUUUUCACCUUAACUCCUCUCAAUGAGCGUCUUUCUGUGGUUCCAUUCCUGCUUUGUGAGUGUCUAAAGACGAACAAAAGAGGAGAGAUAGACGAGGAAAGGGGUCCUACAGUCUCUAGGCUUUCUACACUCCCUUGACUGUUCCAAACCGAUCCUCCCCUACAGGUCCGCGCUGCAGUGUCCCUUUUAUUAACCCCUCUGAUCUUGGCCACAGAUCAUGCUGUAGAGUAGCAGGAUCACCAGCAAAGACAUAUUAUAGAGUAUAUCUAUGUGGAAACACAUUUCCACUGAAAUGUCUCUACUGCCUUGUUUUUUCCCUGGGCUCAACAGUGCAUCAGGGCUGGUUUCCCUAAUCACCUAGAGCUAGGCUGUUGUGUUGGAAUUUGUAUAAUGAUUGAUUUAGGUGGAGGAGGGUCCUUCUUACAGGUACUCAAUACAGAGAAACGUUAAGAGAUUGCAGGAUGUUAUUGGGGAUAGAGAGGAUAUGUAAUGUGGCGCGUCAAAACAUCCAUGCUUGGUGGCAAAUGGAUCUCCUGUUAACAACAGGAAUUUAUGGAAUUUAGAGUCUUCUUGAAGGUUUAUGAAUGAGCUUUAUGUUGUAUUGCCACUAUUGUACUAGUUGGGUAAUGCAGUCCAUUGUCCAUCAGACUUAUCAACUUAUCAGUUGUGGAACAGUAUUUUGAAAAAAAAUGAAGAAUGAUAGCUAGCCUGUCACUGCUACCUUUCAAAGUAUGGCAACAAUACAGAGCUUUUAUUUAUCAGUUACUGGCGACUUGUUUUACGCACAGUGUUAAUUAGUUCCAUAAUUUGUUGCACAUUUAUCCAAAUUUGUUUGUACCGAUCUGUAAGAGCCGAGAAUGUAGUAUAUCUUGACCAGUAGUCUUUUCUGUAGGAAAAGACAGCAUGCAGACUAAGAAGUCAUUGAUAUUUGAAAAAGGGAUACUGCAGCAAAACAAUUAGGGAGACCUGUGUUCUUACGUAAGUGUUCCAUUACUAAACUGUGACUAUAUCUCUUAAAAAUGUUUGAAGAUGGAAAUAAUGAUAUAAAUAUAUUUGAAAUAUAUAUAUGUAUAUUUCAAUAUUUCAUAUAUAUUUCAAGAUCUAUACACAUAGCAUAUAUUAAUUGUUUAUUUAUGUAUAAAGGAAAGUUAUCAGAGCUCUAGGCGGGUUCAGGAAUUUAUAAAGAAAACUGUUUUCUUCAGAAAAGCAUGCCAGAUAUGUCUGUGACAUGUCUUGUAUGCAUGUGUGCUUGAGUGUACUGUAUGUUUCUGUGUGCGUGCGUGUGUGCACGUGUGUUAUUUAUAGAGUCUGACAUUUCUAUCAUUCCACACAUGGAUAUGUCUCAACAUUUCAUUUCUGGCACAUGUAGCCAAACUGCCUUUUAUAAUGCCCAUGCGUUUGGAUGCAGCCUUGCAUUAGCCUCUCUGGCUAACAGUUUACAAUCAGCCCCAUAUGGACAUCUCUGUGUCCAUGCCAAGGGGCUUGACUCAAACACAGACACACACCCUCUUUGCUUAUCCAUAUCAACAACCUGCAUCCCUACUGAUUUCAAAUCAUACACACACCCCCACUCUCCGUGUCCAGUGUUUGUGAUGGAAUCUGUACACAAUUCAAUUGAACCAAAACAGAGUGUAGAUAAAGCCUUCAUAAGAUUUAAUUCAUUUUCAAUUAGCUAUUUAUCAUUGAUUUAUUGAAAGACAAGUAAAUACCUGCUGGAUUAACCUCUUGCUGCAGCAAGAGCUCAGUGAUAAAAUCACUUCCAAAAAGAGAAACAGUACUGCACUUUAUGGACCUUCCAAAUAGAGAAUGAAAGAAACUCAGUGGUAUUGCAGCCCUUAUGUUGUAGUGAAACUGAAGCCCUUUUUGCAUUCUAAAAAGUAUUAUGUGUAUCCAAUAUAGAAUGCUUACUCUGUAUCUUUGAUUGAAAUUACAUUUCUCAAGCAUCCAGUCAACACAUUUCUAUUCACUUGAUGAUGUAAUUACAUUACAUUGUCAUUUGCAUUUUGCAAUGUUAGUCCCAAAAGAGCAAUUCCAGCCAGCUUUGUGAGUGACUGUUACUCUCUUAGAUAUUUCAGGGUUAGACAGGACAGGAGUGGGUUGUGUGUGGACUGUGGAGGAGUGGGUAUCUAGCUCUUUAAUGCAGGGGCGUCAAACAAAUGUUGCCCCGGGGGCCCCAUUCGGUCCUCAAUGAUCGAGGUUCGGAGGGCCGCUCUGAAAAUGUGUUAUACAGUAUUUCCUCGCAAUCAAAAUGUGCAACAACAAAAAAAUCAUCUAUCCUGACUGUCUAGCUUUCACUUUGGUGAUUGAUAGCGAGCUGGACACAGUCA